AUGGUGGAUUUCUUGAUUAAUACUGGUGCCACGCACUCAGUGAUGACUGAAAAAUAUGAAGGAAGACUAGGGGAAAGAAUUGUGCCUAUUAUUGGAGUGAAUGGACAAAAAUUACACAAACCCUUUCUCCAGCCGAUGGACUGUGAAGUGGGGAAUCGGCAGCUCUCUCAUCAAUUCCUUUAUAUGCUGGAAUGCCCUCUCCUACUCUGCGGCAGCGACAUGCUUUGUAAAAUGAGAGCAGAGCUGGAGAUCUCUCCAGGGAGAAUCACUCUGUAUGUGUCCAAGGAGGAGGGAUGGCAGUGGCAGGCAUGUUUGCUGGGAAUGGGAAAGGAGAGGAAUGCCUGCUCCAUUCAGGAGAAAGUUUUGAAUGCUGUAUUUCCAUUAGUCUGGGCAGGUGAAGCACCAGGGAGGGCUUGGUUUGUUCCACCAGUGCACAUUGAAUUGGAGGAGAACGUGGUCCCUCCACGGAUCCUGCACUACCCAGUAAGACUGGAGACCUGGCUAGGGCUCCAGCACACUAUCCAGAGGUUUCUAAAGUAUGGACCUUUGAGGGAAUGCCAGGUCCCAUUUAACACGCCAGUUUUGCCUGUGAAAGGGGUGACAACAGGAGAAUAUCGAGUGGUGUGGGAUCUGAGAGCAGUGAAUCAGGUUGUCGAAGAUCAACGCAAGGCUGGCUACGCUGUGGUGUCAGACUAUGGAGUCUUGGAAGCCGGACCACUCGUGCCAGGAUGGAUAGAAGCUUUCCCAUGCUGCACCUGCAAGGCCAGAGAAGUCACCAAGAAACUGCUGAAGGAGACUAUCCCCAGGUUUGGCCUGCCCUACUUGGUUGGCUUGGACAAUGGACCAUCCUUUGUGUCUCAGGUUGUUCAACAGGUGUCCAAGGCUUUGGACAUCACCGGGAAACUCCAUGCAGCAUAUAGGCCUCAGAGCAGUGCCAAAGUGGAAUGGGCCAAUCAGAUCUUGAAGCAACACCUGUCCAAAAUUUGUCAAGAAACUUCCCUAAAGUGGAUAGAUGCCCUCCCCCUUGCCUUACGCAGGGUUAGGGUGGUUCCAAAGGGAAGAUUAGGCAUAAGCCCUUUUGAGCUUACAUAUGGUAGGCCCAUCCCUAUCACUGCUCCCACCUUUUCAUCUAAUGCUGUAGUUGUAAUAGAAGAUAAUGUAAUGAAACAGUAUAUAUCUGGUCUCUGGGCUGCCUCUUCUUCUCUCUGUAGGUAUGUGCAACAACACCUUCCUAAAUCCCUGGAUGGUCCUGUGCAUCCUUUCAAUCCAGGGGAUCUGGUCCUGAUUCGCACAUGGAAGGAGGAGAGCCUAAAACCAAGGUGGCAAGAUCCAUAUCAGGUCCUGUUAACCACACAUAACUGUCUGAAGGUUGAAGGGGUAAAGCCUUGGAUCCAUCACACCUGGGUAAGAUACCCAGCCAAAAACACUACAUCCAAAAACACAACAUCACACUGUCAGGGCAGGAGUAGCCAAGAUUCUCCAAUGCAGGAGCAAGGCCUACCCACAGACAACCACCAGGACAGCCAAGGUCCAGCCUCGAGGGAGAAUAACAACAGUAAGACAGAGGACUGCCAGGACAGCCAAAGUCCUGCCCCACAGGAGAAACAGAGGAAAGGGGCAAAGCAGAAUUACGAGACUGCCUGAAAUGGCUUUUCACAAGGGAGUCUUAGUUUUAGGAUUCUUAGGGAUCCUAAGGCUGACCAUUGCCUCAUACUGGCUGUGGAGGGUUCAAGAACACACUACUGGACUAAACACUUUUGAAACACUAAAACUCCAAUUGGUAAAGGAAUUAAAUAUAUCAAACUGUUGGAUUUGUGCUCAGAUAUCCCAUCAUGCUGAAGGUUUGCCCUGGAAGGCAUUACCCUAUGGGUGGCCAGAAGAAUGCCAUAUGUUACAACAGUUGGGCUAUCUGAGACACAUGAGUAAUGGUGAGACCACUGUAAUGGCUGCAUUGCUUUAAAAUUGCUCCAUGGAACAGGAUAACAGCACAAUCCCCACUCCAGUCAGACUUAGAGACCCUCCAGAGGGUUUUGUCUGUUACGCACAAAAUAAAAAUAAAGUAAAAAUCCCUGCUAACUUGGCAAAGAGACACCUUUUAAUGUGGUGAUUCUCUUUAUUUAGCAGGGGGAGAGUAACUGGCCCCAUCCACCCCCAGCACAGUACCUCAAGUGACUGUUGCUGGUGUCUAUCUUAUGUUUAUUUUUAGAUUGUGAGCCCUUUUGGGACAGGGUCCAUCUUAUUUAUUUGUUAUUUCUCUGUGUAAACUGCCCUGGGCCAUUUUUGGAAGGUCAGUAUAGAAAUCGAAUGAAUAAAUAAAAUAAAUAAAUUUUAAAAAUGAAGAACCAUACUUGGUUCGCAGGUCAAAGCACCUGCACCUGCACCUGCACACUAUCUGUAUACCAGAAUUGCUCUAUUAAUGUGGGAGGCCAGACAACCAUCCCUAGCCUAAGUUUGACAACAAUCAACCUGAUAAAGGAGGGAAGGAACGGCAUUGUGGCAAAUGGCAACAUUUGGUGGGUUUGUGGUUGAAGCGCCUAUAAAUGGCUUCCACAGGGUUGGUAUGGGUCCUGUUACAAGGCAUCCCUUGUUCCACUGUUCAGGUUUAUGAAGAAACAACCCCCAGGUUGCCCACGGAGAGAUGAACCGUUAAAAAUAAUCUUAGAGCGGGAUAGGUUUGGAAUGGUAAUGCUCCCCAGGUAUGGUACAGGCAAAUUGGCAACCACGUACAAUCAGAUGUCAACGUUUCUCUCCAAAUUUGUCAAUGAAACUCUAAAGGUUUGAAUGAGACCAAUCUUGAGCUGUAUCAGGUUAGAAUGAUUACCUUGCAAAACAGACAAGCAUUAGACUACGUAUUAGCUUCCCAAGGGGGAACAUGUGCAGCAAUCAAGGAAGAAUGUUGUACUUUCAUCCCUGAUAACUCUAAGGUAUUAAUACCCAGCUCUUGCCUGCAGAACAGGCAUACAAACAGUGGGAAGAGCAGAAUAAUAGUCACAGAGGAGAUUCUCACAAUCCACUAAAAGCGGGCUAAGGGAGCCUAGCCCGCUUUUAGUGGAUUGUCUGCUGCCACAGUAGCCGUGCGGCUCCCGGCAGCAAGCCCCACUAAU